AUAGCCUAUACGUGAUCCCCAAGAAUGAAAUUGUAUUAGUCUCACGCCUAGUAAUAAUUAUCAUUAUUAUUCGACUUUUAGUAGUAAGUAAAAGGGAUCGGAGCUUUCCUUUUAAAGUCUGAAAUGAUUUUCCCUGAAACCUUUGCUGCGCAAACCGAAUCCUAAAAUCACACCACGAAGAUCAGUAUAACAUCCAGCGCGAGACGAAGGGUUUUGAAUUGAGGAAAACUGGUGGCAAUGGAAAAGCUUUCAAAUCAUCAAAUUUCAACACACAUCCUGACCAAAGGAGCUCUCACAAAUCCGGAAAUUCCCGAACAUGUCAUCAUCCAAAACGUCCUCCUCAAGCUUCCUGUAAAAGAUUUGCUGCGGUUGAAGAGCAUUUCCAAAGUUUGGUACGAUCUGAUCACCGGUCCUGAUUUCACCCGGCUAUACAACUCACAUUCUCUUGCCGAGGCCAAUGGGAGACGCUUGAUCUUAAUUUAUGACCUUGAUCACUGUCCUCAUCUCUUCAUCAUGAACAUGGGAGGAGAUGUUGUUUCAACGAAAAUCUAUCUUCGGAGCAAGGACAAUGUUUUCUCAAACAUUUUCCGCGGCCUUAUAUGUUUCUACAGCGCGACUGAGAACCAAGCAUUUGUGCUGAACCUCACCACACAUGAGACGAUAACCCUCCCUCGUCUUCGAUAUCAAAGAAGAUCCAUGCUGAGUUUGGGGUUUGAUCACAUUGCUAAUAAGUAUAAGGUUGUUUAUUUUGAUAGUGCACAAUGCAGGAUUCUCACAUUGCAAGCGGGAAUGAGAAGAAAGAAUUCUUGGAGGACUGUCCCCAGUAAAGGACUGCUGCCUUCAAUUCGAGGGAAUUGGAAUGUAGACAAACUAGAAUCAGACAUCCUGAUUCAUAUUGAAGGGCGGUUGUAUUGGAUAGCGACAAAACCCCUCAGAAUUUGUUAUUUGGAUCUGAACGAGGAAAGGUUUGGGACUAUUCCAGUUCCACAGGAGGUUCAACAGCUCAAAUGGUGCGGUAGGAUUACCGAAUACUACGGGAAGUUGGGAAUCGUACAGCUAUCCAAAUUACACGGGGAGCUAUGUUUGGAGUUUUGGAUAUAUGAUGGUGGGGGUGAGGCUGCAAUUGUUUGGACAGCGGAGAGUUUGGAGCUGAAGAUGAGACGGGAACUUGUAAUCACGAAUGCACUUUGUGGAAGUGAAAUCAUUUUGGGGACCAUGCCUACCCUCAACUAUUUAGUUACUGAUUCGUGGAGGCGGAGGAGAUUCAUACCCAAACUCCUGGUCUGCAAUAAGACGGGAGUGUGUGAACCUAUUCCAACUGAUGAUCCAUAUUAUAGCUUCCCAGCCUUUUUGGGAGUUGUGGAUUUAAACUUUGCUUCUUUUGGAUCUUUGUUUUUCUGCACAUAACUAAUUAUGAGGUUAUUAAUACUUAACCCUUUAAGCUUUAGGGGGUGUUUGGAUCUGAUUCUUAAAACCGAUUUUGCUCCUUCAGGGAGCAGAAGCAGAAGUUGGAGUGUUCGGGUGAAAAUGCAGAAGUGAUUCUGGUGCUCUAAUUUACUCCUAGAAUCAGUUUUUUUAGAAGCUGGGGGGUACCAGCUUCUGAAAACUGAUUCUGACUCUGCUUUUGCUUUAAAAAAGAAGCAGAAGCAGAAUCAGUUCCAAACACCCCCUUAAUUAGUAUCCUUGAAUCAGUUUUAUCUGUGUGGCAGCCAGCUUUUCUGUAAGUAGGAAAAUUUAUGUAGGCCUUCAAGUAAAAUCAUUCAAAUUAAUAGUCAAUAAUCAAAAGUGCAAAUAUUCAAAUUAAAAUAAAUCAUUCUACCAAUUAUCAAUUACUUUUCCUAACCAAUGUACGUUGCUGCGGUUUUAUUGCUCUGUACCAUUUGCUCUACUAUUGACGAGGAGUACAACUUUUGCAGUAGCCACAAGAGAAGCUUACUUUUGUGCUUUGUUUUUUGUAUGGAGUAUCACAUACAAUGUUUUUAAUUGGAAUGCAAUUUUUAGUUAGACUGAUCUAGUUUGAUUCAUUUGAAAUUAA